UUUCUUAAUCUUCAGCACAAGUCAUCUGAUUGUUACCACUUUGGAAUUAUAUUCUUUACAGGAUUCAGCUAGCUAGAAGCCAUGUCAUUCUCCUCUAGAUUCUUGUUUAGCUCAUUACUAGUUUUGUCCUUAAUUUACUCUCAUGGAAAUGCACUUAGUUCAAAUUACUAUGAGAACUCAUGCCCUCUUGUUGAAGAUAUUGUCACACAGGUUGUUACUGAAGCAUCAAAGAAAGACAAAACUGUCCCUGCUGCCCUUCUUAGGAUGCACUUCCACGACUGUUUCAUAAGGGGGUGCGAUGCUUCGGUGCUACUGAACUCGAAGGGAAAGAACACUGCAGAAAAAGAUGGUCCUCCAAAUGUUUCUUUGCAUGCAUUCUAUGUCAUUGAUAAUGCAAAGAAAGCUGUUGAAGCCGUUUGCCCAGAAACAGUCUCCUGUGCUGAUAUCUUAGCUUUUGCUGCCAGAGAUGCAGUUGUCAUUUCUGGUGGACCUUUCUGGGACGUGCCUAAAGGAAGAAAAGAUGGAAGAACAUCAAAAGCUAGUGAAACUAGACAAUUGCCAGCUCCCACUUUUAACAUAUCUCAACUUCAACAAAGCUUCUCUCAAAGAGGAUUAUCACUGGAAGACCUUGUUGCUCUCUCAGGUGGACAUACUUUAGGUUUCUCUCAUUGUUCAUCCUUCAGUAACAGGAUACACAACUUCGAUGCCACCAACGAUGUUGACCCAACAUUACAUCCAUCCUUGGCAUCAACCUUAAAGGGAAUUUGUCCACUUAAAAACAGGGCUAAGAAUGCUGGAACUGCCAUGGAUACUUCCUCAACAACGUUUGAUAAUUCAUAUUACAAGUUAAUUCUACAGAACAAGAGCCUUUUCUCUUCAGACCAAGCUUUGCUCAGUAUUCCCAAAACUAAAACUCUGGUUUCUGACUUUGCUAGCUCAAAAGAAGCUUUCUUUAAAGCUUUUGCUAAUUCCAUGAUCAAAAUGAGUAGCAUAAAUGGAGGUCAGGAGGUCAGAAAGGAUUGUAAGGUAGUUAAUUAAUCCUACCAAAUUAAUGAUAUAUAAUCCAGAAAAGUGGGUGGUCUCAGUUUGUUUCCUUAUAAUUUUCUGAUUUCUUUUCGCAGCUUAUCCAGAGCACUUUUUAAGUGGUAUAGGAUUUUAAUGGGCAGAGCUUUUAUCAAUCUCAUUAUCAAUGUAUCGAUGUGUAUUUUGUAACUUAAUUACUAUGAAUGAAUCAUCCUGCCCUUUACAAUUG